CGGAGCAGUGGCACAAAGAUGUUUCUUGGCCUUCUUUGUAUGAUCCAACGCGGAAUCAGAGCUGUGGUACGGUAUAUAGUUAUGCAACUCUCGCAAUUUUUUCUACUAGUCUUGCACACAUACAUAGAGUAUAACUUCUUCCAUGGCGGCCUCCCCCGGAGCCUCUUCCUCUUCCCUUUCGUCUUCUAUUCAUCAGUGUGCUUACGAUGUAUUUUUGAGUUUUAGAGGGCAAGAUACUCGCAGAGCUUUUACUGCCCAUCUAUAUGCAGCUUUGCGUCGAAAUGAUAUCAACACCUUCAUGGAUCACAAGCUUAGAAGCGGAGAGGAAAUUUCACCAGCACUUCUCAAAGCCAUUGAAGAGUCAGCAAUUUCGAUCAUUGUACUCUCUAAAAAUUACGCAUCAUCUCCUUGGUGCUUGGACGAGCUGAUGAAGAUCCUCGAGUGUAGAGAAACAAGAGGGCAACAGGUUCUACCCUUAUUCUAUCACGUACAUCCGUCGGAAGUACGGAAUCAAACUAACAAUGUUGGAGAAGCAUUUGCUAAACUUGAAGAAAGGUUUAAGCAUGAUCAAAUGAAGUUGCAAAGGUGGAAGACAGCUCUAUCACAAGUGGCCAAUUUGUCCGGGAGGCUUUUGGGGAACAAGAAUGAACCUGAAUUUAUUCAUGAAAUCAUUCAAUGGGUCAAUUCAAUAUUGAUAAAAGAUAGAUACUUUCAAGUUGCUCAGGAUCCAGAAUCUCGUCAGCAAUAUGUGAAACCACUUUUAGAUAUAGAGAAGAAUGUUGAUCGUACAUGUGUGGUAGGCAUCUUUGAAAUUGGUGGAAUUGAUACGACAACUAUUGCCAAAACCUUCUACAACUCGAUUGCAUCUCUAAUUGAAGAAAACAAGAUAAGUGACAUAAGAAAUCAACCACUUCGUGCAUUAAACAGUGAAAAAAAAGUCAAAGACUUUAUAGACUCGGAAAACAAAAGAAGUGAUAGAAGAAAUCGAGCAGUACUUCGUGCAUUAGGCAGUAAAAAACUUGUCAAAGCAAUUGACCAUUGCUUUUUAUUCAUCAAAAAAAUAGGAAAGCCUGUCAAAGACUUGAUAGGCUUGGGUGUGUCAAGAGAAGAAAAUGUGGAAGGCAUAGAUGCACCAUUUGUUGAUUGGGAAUGCAUUCGAGCAGCUACAAAUAACUUCUCAAAUGAAAAGAAGCUUGGACAAGGAGGGUUUGGAUGUGUUUUCAAGGGCACAUUUCCAGGAGGUGAAGAGAUUGCUGUAAAGAGGCUUUCAAUGAUCUCACAAGAAGGCAUAAAAGCAUUUAGAAAAGAGGUGUUGGUGAUGGCAAAACUUCAACACAUGAAUAUUGUUGGGUUUCGAGGAUAUUGCAUGAAAGGAAAAGAAAUGAUUGUACUCUGUGAGUACAUGCAAAACAGAAGCUUAGACUCAUUUAUAUUUGGUUGGUUUCUAAACCAAAUUCCUAAUAUCUUGCAUGCUUGA